AAAUGACAUUGAAAAGUCAAGCCAUUGAAACUUAUCAUGCAUUUGCAUACAUAUAUAGAUUUAUUGCCUCAAUUAUUACCUUAGGUAAACGUGUAGGCACAAGAUCAAAAGAGUACCUAUCUGAUAGAGUUCUCUUGCAGCUGGCACAAAGGUGCCAAAUAUGUCAGAUGAUUGUGAUUUGUUUCCGUCACUGAUGUCAAAAUAUUUCUUCAGAAUAAUCUUUAAUUUUUACGUUUAAUUUGCAUUUAGUGCCAUUUAAUUUAUGUGCUUAUAAUGAGGUUGUGUUUUUUAGUACUUUUGGCGACUUCAGUGUGGACAUUGCCGCAGGAUAAAGUACUACAACAGCGUCUACCGAGUCAGGUACCAAGUCAAGAUCACCCGCAUGAGACAUCAGGACGUGACUGCGCCAAGACUAAAUGCGCGUCCAGCAUCGCACAGAAAGCGGCGGCGGAAGCUAAGGCUGCCCAAGCGGCUCAAAACGCGGCAGGCGCGCAGGCUGCGCACAUGGUGAAAACUCAACUAGCGGAAAAGGCUCUACAAGCCGCGAAAGCGGCAGAGGCGGCGCUCGCGGGCAAACAGGCAGUUGUGGAGCAGCUGCAGCAGGAGGUCCGGGAGACGGAGGCUGUGGUGGCGCAGAACCUGCAGGCCGUACACCAGCAGCAGGGCACAGUGGCCGCCGCUAGUCAGCUCGCGCAGCAGGCUAAUGCUCAGCACAAAUUAAUGUUGCAAGCGGUCAACCUAGCAGCCCAAGUGGAAAAAUCCGCUAACUGUGUACUAGAAAAGACAAAGAUUGGUCUACAGGAGAAAUCUAGAAAUCUUGCUGAAGCACGAGCGAGGUUAUCCCACUUACAACACAAGCUGCAGUGCGCAUGCGCGGACUGUGCUGCGACCAAACAGGCCGCCCACGCCGCCUGCGAGGCCGCGCGGGCCGCCUGCGGCAACGCCAGGAGAAAGAGACGUAGGAGUAUUCAGAAUGCACUAGCUGUAAGAGUCACGAAAAAAUAUAACUAGUGGUUAACAUUCUAUGAACUUAAUCAUAUAAAUAAUACGGCAAAAUGGCCUGGAAAGACUGUGUGAUAAAUAGUAAAACUUUAAAACCAAACUGAUCUGCGUCCAGUCAAAGUUGGCUAAUAGGUUUAAUUUUAGAAUCCACAGCAUAUUUGAAGAGUUACAAUUAUCCACAUUUUCAACAGACGUUUAUGAAUGCUGAAUCUAAUGUUGAUAUUUUGUGAGUUUAUAAUAAUACUUUUAGAACAAUUAAUUUACUAUAAUUUUGCGAGGUCCAGUGUUAAGAUGAAACCUUUUAGUGUUUUAAUAAAAUAGUAUUAACAAUACUUUGUUUUAAUUCUUCAGAUUAAAGAGACAACCGGAAUCUGUCAACGAUCAUAGAACUGUAAAAUAAAUAAAAGAGCGUCAGGAUGGCGGGUGGACCUAAGCGAAUUCCAACGAAAUAUUUAUAAACAUAUUGUACCUUGUAAAUGAAUAAGUUUACCUAUUAUUUAUGGGCUUCCAUCUUGCAUCGUACUAAUCAAAUAAUCGUACCAAAGGUCCUCAUAAUGCCUGACGCCCCAG